AUGCUAAGGAUUUGCCGCAUUGGCCAUGGUUUUUCUCAAUAUCUAACGCGAAAUGCAUUACCCGCCUCAUUACAUCACUGUGUAUUAAAUCUCAAUACUGAUUUAACUGCAGAAUUGCAUCAAAUACGACGAUCUCGCCAUGGCGAUUCAAAGGAACAUCUGAAGCAUCUGAUCUGUUUCAAAGACUGGGACCCUGAAAGAAUUAAGGAAGUGAUAUGCAGUGCAAGUAAUUUAAAGAAUUUAUUCGGAGAUACGCAUGGGAAGAAAAUGGAUUUACUAAAAUGUACAAAAGUAAUGAUAUUAGAAGACCACAACGAACCUAUACUACGUAUGGCGGUGUCGAAAGCCGUGUCAAUGUUAGGAGCAUCUGAUGUCCACAUUGUAGAGGCACUUGACUGGGAACAUGAUUUUAUAGGCAGAGUAUACUCAGAAAUGGCUGAUACAAUAUUUGUGUCAUCACUCACAUACGGGUGUUUGAAGCGAUUUGCUGAACAUUCUUUGGUACCUGUGGUGUGUAUGAGAUCCAGAAGACAUGCCAGCAUCCAGUCCUUGGCUACAAUCAUGUCAAUAAUAGAGGAUCACGGAAAACUUGAAAAUUUGAACAUAGCUUAUGUUGGCGCUCCUCACCAAGUUCUUAAUGACUAUUUAAUUCUUUGCCCAAUGCUUGGAGCCAAUUUGAAUUUUAAGUGCUGUUGUAAUAAAUGCAAAGUCAGUCCUCUCUUGUUAGAUGACAGCAAACACAUAUGUGAAAAAUCCUGUACCAAAAUGUCGCAAGUAAUAAAAACUCCGGAGGCAUUGAAAGGAGCAAAUGUUAUUAUUGCUGGACCUACUACCCGGCAAAAGGAAAAAAUCCCGGAGUUUGUGUUGUCUGUUGAUGAAAUAAAGAAACACACGCAAAAUGACUGGACUUUCUACCAUACUUUCCCUAGAGGAGAGGAAGUGGACGAUACCCUCUUCUUCCACGAAAAUUCGAGAACCUUCAAUGCAUUCAGAAACACGCAAUUUAUUGCCGCUGCUUUGAUGGUUUACAUUCUAAAAUCACGACUGUUUUGA